AUGAAGUUCAAGAAAUCGACAAUAAAACCCAAGAACCCCAAGGCUAAAGUCCAAGGUUCUUUAGGGUUUAAGAGUGGCGAAUCCCAUUUGAACCAGACGAAAACAUGCCCGGAGUGUGGGAUGACGUUCUAUAAGCUAGUUAAGAAGGAUCAAGAAAUCCACCAACAGUACCAUAAGACUUUUGUCAACGGCGUCACGUGGCAAUGGAAUAUUGAUCCCAAGAAAAUAUUGGGUGAAUAUACGAUACAAACGGCAACUGGUUUGAAAAAGAAGAAUGCAAAGGUUAAGGUGAUAAGUGUUGAUAAGCAGCUGGAUCUGCAAAUACGACGCGUAGACGAUACGCUAAAAAUGGUAAACCUCGAACUCAAUGCUCCCAGUGGUUCUGACGCCUGGAAGACCAGUAAAUCUUCUUUGGUGACCCCGAAGGCUUUUAUAGCGGUGCUUGAUUCCCAUAUAAUUGGAAUAUGUACCACUGAGGCCAUUGAAGAUCCUGAGAAGCAGUCUAGGUGGAUGAUACUUCGAACCCAAACUAUAGUCCCCAAACAAUGCAACCGAAGCGCUAAGCUUGGGGUCUCACGAAUAUGGGUGGCUCCUUUGUGGAGACGCUAUGGUAUUGCCAGUAGAUUAUUGGAAAUAGUACUAACCAACUCAGUAUAUGGAGUUAAGCUCACGAGAAGUCAAGUUGCAUUUAGUCAACCCAGUACAAAUGGAGGAUUACUAGUGCAGAAGUUCAAUGGCAUCGUGCACAAGAGCGGUGAAAUGAUUUUGCCCGUGUAUUUAGAAUAA